CUCCGGGCUGCUUCGUUCGCUCCCCGAUUUUUUCGUCCUGGCCUCGUCGGUUCUGGCCUGAUGUUGUAGUAGGUCUGGCCAACGUCGAAAGGCUGGCUAGUUAACCACGUCGAUUCAGUCAAGCUCCAGCAUCCGUUCACUGAGGCGGCUCGAUGCUGCUACGCUCACCGAAAAAUCCCAGAGACGAGCAGCGCGUUCGGUCGGUUGUCUGUGUGUGUCAGUGGGUGAACAGUGCGUAUGAGCAAUUUUCGGUGGCACUGAAGGAGGCCCAAAACGAACCGGUGGACCUUAAAGUUGUUGGGUAAACAACUGAAAGUCGGUUAAGCGUGGCGAGUAACGGGUUACGGAUUGAAUAAACAAGGCCAAGAGCGAAUGGAAUGUGCACAAACUGCAGAAAAAUACCAAGAAAAAGUUACACAAAUAUUCAACAAUAAAACAAACCAAAAAUAAGCAUCAACAUCAACCGGAAAUCAACUAAAUUGUCGUCACUCCAAUCAAGUGGAAAUUUGAUUAAAAAAAGGAGAGAAGGGAGGCCAAAGGAAAAGAACUGAAGGGAGAGCAGAGGAAAAUUUGAUAAAUUCGAAAAAAGGCAAUAGACGAGUACGAGUGCGGAAGAAAAAUAGAGUGCGGGUCUAUCGAAAGGUAGCAGCAAAGGAAAUCAACACCCACGCACAUGAACGAGUUUGUUGCACGGGUGCGGCAAAACAUUAAAAAUCAGCGGAGCGUGAAACUUACACAAAGCUCGAAAAAAUCCAGAGUCCCACGUGAACAAAGCGAACGAAAAAUACAUAGCUACACUAAAAAUAAAAACAGAAAUACAACAGAGUAACGAAGUGAGAGAACAAAUUUUAGUGCAAAAAAUUAAAAGAUUUCACUGGGGGAACAACUAAGCCAGCUCUAGAAGAAAGGCGAACAACAAGGACGAGCCAGCUGACGGCCAGGACACAUAAACGUCUUUCCUCUCCUUUGGGCUAGCGCACGAAAUUAAGUGCAGAUUAUCAGAAGAUUAUAUUUUAAUAGCAUUUCAAGCUGUUUCCUUUGGCCAACAAAGGCGAGGCAGGACCUCCCCGAAAAGGAGUCCGCUGGAGGACGCCUGACCCCAGGACGAGUGUGUAUGUGUGUGCUACAAGUGCGGCUUAUUGCAUGAUUACCGCCAAGGAUUUUUUUCGGGCCUCCGUCGCCGGACUCUGUGCCUGCGAAUAGCUGGGCAAACAUAUAAGCGUGCCAGAAAUUGAAAUUAAAGAUGGAAUUAAGUGUCGCGAGUGUGUGUGUGCCGGCUUAACAAAUAUUAUGUGCUAGUGCCUGUGAGUGUUCCUACACUGUAUCCCCAAUAUCGAGCAUACGCCGUGUGGCCCACCCUGGAAAGCGAUGCGGAAAUAGCAACAGAAUUAACCCGGCAGAGAAAGGAGAAAUUGAGAAGAGAACCGGAGAACUGGAGCGUGAGGCCCAACUAAACAGGAGAACUGACUACGUGAAGCCAAGUAAACCUAAUAUUCGUUUACUCAAAGGACAAAGGGCGUUUUCAAGUUAUUAUAGACAAACAACCGGCGGCGACUAAGCCAAGUCUAUUAACAGGGCAAACAAAGCCAGGCCGCCAAAGAGAAACUGAUUGUAAAGAAGCGAAAAGAAUGUAGGAAGUCGAAAAAGGAAGAAAGUCGAAAAAGCUGGCAAUGAGAGGGCCAAGAACGCAAGGGGCGCGGGCCAGAAUUGAAACAGUUAGCUGGCAAAUCGGAUUGCGAAUCUGCUGUAUUGACACAAGGAAACCGUUAGCCGGCUUAGCCAGCAAGAGGGCAAAUUUAAAAUUAAGAAUAUAGCAAGCAAGCCCGUUUGAAAUCAAAGUGAUAUGCUAAUGCCCCAGUCGCGGAGGACUUGAAGUCGUGUGGCAUGAAUAUUUCAUGAGCGCAGGAGUGAUGACAAUAAGCCGGCUCCGGGAAUAAAAGAAGCGCAGAGUGAAAUCAGGACGAUGACGGAGCUAAGACGAGCUAAUGGCCUGCACAAGCAGCACUCCCUGAGAGAUCGACAGGUGCAUCCCAUGCUGCACGCCCUGGCGGAUCACGGCUGCAACCUGAGCAGCGGUGGCAACAGUGCGGCCAGCACCACCAGCAGUAGUACGGCCACGGCCACCACAGCACUUGGUGGUGCCGGCGGUUUGGGCGGCCUUGGUGGCCUGAACGGUGGUGCCGGCAUAACAAGUCAGCGGAGCGUGGAGUUCGAUGAGCACGACAUCUUCUACGUCUCACCAUCCAAGCGAAAAGGAGCAACUUCAGUAGGUUCCUCCGGCAAUGUGGUGACCUUCUCGAACUUUGUGAGUGAACAGCGCCUGACGCCCUCGUCGUCGAACCGCGGAUCCCUGAAGCGGAGCAAGGGCCGCUCCAAUCAGUCCCUGUGCAGCUGCGAUGCCGGCGACGAGGCCCAACUGGAUUUGCAACCGAAUGCGGCAAGGCCGCUGUACGAGUACAGUUUGGAACGAAAGCGUAAGACACACACCUACUCCUGCGAGCAGAAUGCGCAGAUACUUAUGAGACUGGAGCGCGAGCGUAAUCGUAAAUUAUCGCUGACUGGGAUGGAAACGGGAUUGGGAAUCGGACUGGGAGUGGGAUUGGGAAUGGGAUCUGGAGGAGGAACAGGAGGAGCCGGAGACCCCCAGAGCGACACGCCCAGCUUGUCGGAUGUGGAUGUGAUACCGCCUGUGCCACCACCCCCAUCAAUGAAGCGCAAUGGCAGCAUGCGCAGCCUGCGAUUGUUGCAACAUCUGCAGCAGCAGCAGCAGCAGCAAAGCAGCCACAACAACAACUUGGCGCAGCUGUGCAGCAGCGAUCUGUUGCAGGAGUGCACUAAGUCUGCGUUGGAUGAGUGCACUGCCACAUUGCUCAAGUGCACCACGACCAGCAAUCACAGCAGCAGCAACAGCAAUGCGAGCAACAAUUGCAACAUCGCUGCCAGCAUUAGUCACAACAAUAACAAUCAGGUGAAGCCGGACCUGUGCCAGCCGCCCGGCCACGCCCACAACCAUAGGCACAAGCUGCACGGCAAUGCCACGCCCACGCGCACGCCUACGCCAACCACCACCAACCCGCCACCGCCCCCGCCCCCUUUCGCCGCCCACGAGGAGGACGAGAUAUUCUCGCCGCACUCGAAGAAAUCGGACCCCAGCCUGUGCUUCCUGCCGGGCGGUAACACAUCCUCGAAAUACAAUACGAUUGGGCCGAGCAGCGAUUAUGCACGGCAUUUGGCGCACUACAGUCGCUACUUGCAGAAGCAGCACCACCAGCAACAAAUGGCGCACUUUCAGCAGCAGCGCUGUCGCUGCUUCUCCCAAUCCUUGCUGAGUUUCCCGCAGCAACAGCAGCAACAUCAGCAGCAGCAGAUGCAACAUGCGGAGCAACAACAGCAGCACAAGGCAGCCCAGCAGCCGGCCAUCUUUCACACCAGCAGCAUGGACUGGUCGCUGCCAAUUAAUAGUCGCAGCUUUGGCAAUUUAGUGAACAUCGAUGGUUCCGGCGGUACUGGUGGUUGCCGUGUGCCGUACCAGAAAAUGCAUUCGGGAACCGCAGGAUCAGGUGGUGCAAUGGCAAACGGCUGCUUGGGACUGGCCGCCUCGUCCACAUUUACGCUCACAUCCUUCGACAGCGAUAUCGGACACGGGCUGAAAGAACGCGAGUCGCAGACAUCGCUCCAUCAUCCGCACACGCUUCCGCAUCCGCACACCCACUCGCAUCCGCAUACGCAUCAUUAUCACGCCCAUGUGGGUGGUGCAGCGGUGGGUGGUGCGGUCGGCGGAUCGGGUUCGGUGACGCCGCAGAAACACCACCAGCUCCACUCGAGCGUGACGAGCAUCAUGCCAUGGAAGCACCGCCAGUGUCCCAGCAGGGGAUCCUCCAGCUCCGGCACGAAUUCGUUCCGAUUCGAUGCAGCCAAGCACUGGCUGGCAGUGAGCUCCAUCCUCCUGAUAAUUGGCGCUGCCAGUGUGGCCGUGCCACUGGCGCUACGUGUGGCAGCAAGUGCACCCUUUGAGGAGCGUUUGCGAGUGGCUGUUCAGCUUCUGGAUCAAGUGCCUUUAAUCGACGGGCAUAACGACCUACCCUGGAAUAUUCGCAAGUUCCUGCACAACAAACUCAACGACUUCAAUUUUGAUGAGGAUUUGCGCAACGUAAUGCCCUGGGGUCGCAGCCAUUGGAGUCACACGGACCUCACGCGACUGAAGAAGGGACGCAUAUCAGCACAGUUCUGGGCGGCCUAUGUCCCCUGCGAAGCCCAGCAUCGAGAUGCAGUGCAGCUGACUCUGGAGCAGAUCGAUGUAAUAAAGCGUCUGACGGAUCGGUAUUCGCCGCAGCUUACCACUUGCACUUCCGCACAGGACAUUAUCGAUGCCCACAAGAACCAGCAAUUGUGCUCCCUGACCGGCGUGGAGGGUGGUCAUUCCCUCGGGGGAUCCCUGGCCGUACUACGCACCCUGUAUGCCAUUGGGGUCCGCUAUAUGACGCUGACCUCAACCUGCCACACCCCCUGGGCGGACUCGAGCUAUGCGGACGCGCCGACCUUCAACAUGAAGCACGGCGGCCUCACCAUUUUCGGCAAGACAAUCAUCCGCGAAAUGAAUCGACUGGGAAUGAUGGUCGACCUGUCCCACGUCUCCAAGGGCACGAUGAGGGACGCCCUGGAGGUGAGCGAGGCACCUGUGAUAUUCUCGCACUCCUCCGCCUACGAGCUGUGCAACACGAGCCGAAACGUCCAGGACGACAUCCUGCAGGCGCUGGCCAAGAACGGCGGCCUGGUCAUGGUCAACUUCUACUCGAAGUUCCUCUCCUGCAGCGACAACUCAACCGUGCACGAUGCAGUCGCGCAUAUUAAUCACAUUAAGCGAGUCGCAGGCAUCGAUCACGUUGGACUGGGCGCCGGCUACGACGGCAUUAAUUAUACGCCCAAAGGACUGGAGGAUGUGUCUUCAUAUCCGACUCUGUUUGCCGAACUCCUUGGCGGCGGCUGGACAAUUGACGAGCUGACGAAGCUGGCCGGCGGCAAUUUCCUCAGGGUUAUGCAGCAGGUGGAAAAGCUGAGGGACGACAAAAAGGCAGCGGGCGUGAAACCCUUCGAGGAUCAUCCGAACUUCCGCACGGACGACCCGUACAACUGUACGUCCAGCUAAUUGAGCAGCGGACCCAAACACACCGAGGUUGUACCGGAAAUGCCGGGGAAGUCCCCAAAAUCGUAGGAGAAAUCGAUUGAACUGCUGCUUCAGAUGUAUAGUGGAUAGACCUAUGUAGCAAAUUUAAAAGAACGUAAAUUUAACUAAUGAUAUAGAUACCUACGAUUCGUAUAAGCUUUAAAUACAUACUUUUAAGAUACGUAAACAUUUAAAUGCCUGAUUAUUUGGCUUGGGAAGUAACUUCCUCGAUCUUUCCCCCUGGUAAUCGAAUCGAAUUUCUUUUCAUUUUGUGACAAUCUACAGACUGCCAAGGAAGAACACACCUACUUAUAAAUUGCACCAGAGACCCACACAAAAUUAACGUAACACUAAGUUAUUUCCUACCUCGAAUCCAUAUAGAAACCAGACUUUGUUAGCUCAUCUCCAACUGGACCAACAAACACUCCACUUCCCUUCUGUGAACUUUCAAUUAUUCCACUGAUUUACAUGAGAACUACAUAUCAAGCAUGUAUUAAGCUAAGAUAUUUAAUUAACGAAGUAUUUGAUUUAGCAUUAAAUCCAAUGCGAAUACUUAUGAGUGGGAAAGCAUACACUUAUAAACAAUGAGUAAAGUAAUUGAAUACUUUAGUUCCAGCGAGGGCGGGACGUAAAUGAAAUGUUUAGUUAAAUUUUUAAGCAGUUCGAGGGCGUCGAAACUGAAUGAAUAAAUAGCGUAAUAAAUACUAAAUUAGUUCGUAAGCAAAGUGUAGGCGUGGCACUGCCUGCUACACGAACACUGUACAUAGAUUUCGAUCACAAUAAGUAUAGCAAAAAUUUAUAAUGAUAUAGAAGUUUUGCAGCAUAUAGUACAUACAUACUACAUUCGUUUUCACCUACCAGAUACACAGAUACAUAGAUCUCUCAGUCAGUCUCUCUGUACCUUCUAAACAAAAAAAGAAAACACAAGAUGGAAAUAUAGAAAAAUGCGCUUAGCCUAAGUAAACAAAUUAUACAUACUAAACCAAUAUUGCAAGCCGAAAACCGAAAAAUUUAAAACCGAAAAACCAAAAACCCAAGACAAAAUCAAUAAUUGUACAUUUUCUAAACCGAAACCGAAUAAUAAAUUGUAAACACCUUUAUAACGAUUGCUAGCAUGAGAAUCUACUGUUACGUUUUGUACGAUUUUGUAUGUGUAUAUAGCAUUUUUACCUAUACGCUAAUUUGUAUGGUCAUUAUAUAGUUUUCUAGCAAGCGAUUCGAGCGUAUUAUUGUACUGGUCUGAUGAGCAGAUUUGUUGGUAAUCACGUAGCUAUAAGUCUGGCCUGGAAGGUCGAAAAUAAAUAUCUGUAAAGUUUAUACAUAUACGAAUAUGCCUAGAUCUAGAAAUACAACCGACUAGCAUAGAACAACAUGCAUAUAUACACUACAACUCGAUUCUCCAAAUGUCUUACACUUAUUUGAUCUCUUCCUCAGUUUGAAAUUGAACAGAAACAAACACACAAUCUCAGACACGCAUAUGUAAAACCAAAUUGUAGUUAAAAACUUGAAAAUGGUAAAAUGUUUAGCAAAUAAAACUCUAAAGGCAAACCAACUGCAGUAAAUAUAAAACCAAUUAAAGAAAA